UGAAUCUCUACUUUGACUUCACUUGUUUGCAAAAAAAACUAAAAAAAAUACACCUCUUGCAAAAAUCAAAAUGAAUGAACUUGACUGAGAGAAAGGGGAAAGGGGGCAAUACCAUUGCUGCAUUAAACCAUCUCUCUCUCUCUCUCUCUCUCUCUCUCUCUCUCUCUCUCUCUCUUCUUCCAAAAACACUUUUUCGCUACAGAAUAGAAAAAAUAAAAAAAUAAUAAAACUGCAGCUCUAAAAAAUGCUUGCUGCUGCUUCGAGGCACGCAAGACCCACCAUCGGCGGCAGGAAUCCUGUGCGGUCACUUUUAACUGCUUCCGGAAUCACCACCUUCUACCCGACUCCCAGCACAACUGCUUACCGUUAUCGUUAUAGUUACUGUAACGGAAUCAGUUUCAAUAACCGCAAAUCCACAUCAUGCCCGAACUUACUUUUCUCUGUAAAAGGAUUUCUCUCCGAUUCAUCACCAUCUUCUUCUUCACCGCAUAACAGAGUAACCAAACCAUUCACACCACAACCUAGUUCUAAUGUAGAUGGACGAGCGUUGUUUUCAACUUCAGCUAAAAAUGACGAUGGAAGUGUUAACCAGAAACAGAAAAUUGCUUCUUCUACUGUUGCUAAAGCGCCUCCUGGUGGACAAGUUGCUGAUAUUAAGAUUCUUAAGUCGCUUGCUAGUUACCUUUGGAUGAAAGAUAAUCUCGAAUUUCGGUUUCGGGUUGUUGCUGCAUUGGUUUUACUUGUUGGAGCUAAGGUUGUGAAUGUUCAGGUCCCUUUCUUAUUCAAGCUCGCAGUUGAUUGGUUGAAUACCACCGCGGGAAAUGGUGGUGCUGUUGCUAUGAAUCCUACUGCGGUGGUGCUUUUUGCAACCCCCGUGGCAGUGUUGAUUGGAUAUGGGAUUGCACGUUCUGGAGCUUCGGCUUUCAACGAAUUGCGGACUGCUUUGUUUUCUAAGGUAGCACUGCGAACGAUCCGUUUAGUUUCAAGGAAGGUCUUUUCACAUUUGCAUGACCUUGACCUUCGAUAUCAUUUAAGUCGAGAAACUGGGGCAUUAAGUCGAAUAAUUGAUCGUGGUAGCCGUGCAAUAAAUUUCAUUCUCUCCUCGAUGGUGUUCAAUGUAGUACCCACCAUAUUAGAGAUAUCUAUGGUAUCAGGUAUACUGGCCUACAAAUUUGGAGCACCUUUUGCAUGGAUUACUUCCCUGUCAGUUGCUGCUUAUGUUGUUUUUACACUUACUAUUACACAGUGGAGGACUAAAUUCAGGAAAGCGAUGAAUAAGGCCGAUAAUGAUGCUAGUACUAGGGUUAUUGAUUCACUUAUUAAUUACGAGACGGUCAAAUAUUUCAAUAAUGAAGGACAUGAAACUGAUAAUUAUGACAAGUACCUAAAGAGGUAUGAGGAUGCUGCUCUGAAAACCCAACACAGUCUUGCUUUGCUGAAUUUUGGUCAAAAUGUUAUAUUUAGUACUGCUCUUUCAACAGCAAUGGUUCUGUGUUCUCAUGGGAUUAUGGAUGGCUCAAUGACCGUUGGUGAUUUGGUGAUGGUAAAUGGGCUUCUCUUCCAACUAUCUCUUCCACUCAAUUUCCUUGGUAGUGUUUAUCGUGAAACUAUACAAAGUCUAGUUGACAUGAAAUCCAUGUUUCAAUUACUUGAGGAAAAAGCAGACAUUAAGGAUAAAGAAAAUGCAAAACCUCUAAGAUUUAAUGGGGGAAGGAUCCAAUUUGAAAAUGUACAUUUUAGUUACCUCACAGAAAGAAAGAUACUAGAUGGAAUAUCACUAGUUGUACCAGCUGGUAAAAGUGUUGCAAUUGUUGGGACUAGUGGAAGUGGAAAAUCAACCAUUCUCAGAAUGCUAUUCAGAUUUUUUGAUCCCCAUUCUGGAAGUAUAAAGAUAGAUGGUCAAGAUAUUCGGGAGGUAACCCUUGAGAGUUUACGGAAGUCUAUUGGUGUUGUUCCACAAGAUACUGUACUUUUCAAUGAUACGAUAUUUCAUAACAUUCACUAUGGCCGGCUUUCAGCAACAAAAGAGGAGGUCUAUGAAGCUGCCCGGCAAGCAGCAAUCCAUGACACUAUCAUGAAUUUUCCUGAGAAAUACUCCACUGUUGUGGGAGAGCGAGGGCUCAAGCUAAGUGGUGGUGAGAAGCAACGUGUUGCCCUUGCUCGUGCAUUCUUAAAAGCACCUGCAAUACUGUUGUGUGAUGAAGCUACAAGUGCUCUUGACAGCACCACUGAAGCAGAGAUUUUAAGUGCAUUGAAGUCAAUAGCAAAUAAUCGAACUUCCAUAUUCAUUGCUCACAGGCUCACCACUGCAAUGCAGUGUGAUGAGAUCUAUGUUUUGGAAAAUGGAAAGGUGGUUGAGCAUGGGGCACAUGAAGUGCUCUUAGCAAAUGCAGGGAGAUAUGCACAGCUUUGGGGACAGCAAAAUAACACUACUGAUACAAUUGACACAGCUAUCAAAUUGGGAGCAUAAAAGUAAUAGAAAGCAUCUUCCUUUCUCUUCAAGAGAGGGGAAGAAAUGCAUUGCACAAUGUUAAUAGCGCGCAUAUUUAAGACCAUUUUGAAGUUUAGUGAUGCGGUUGGAAUUAUAAGCUCUCUUCAGCACGAGUAUCACAUUCCUUAUUGCUGGGUCAUGCAGCAGGGGCCAUCAAUUUUCUAUACUGGUAAAUUUGAGAAAUUGGUACCUAAUUUAUUGGUGUGCAAAUGCACAUAUUAGUAUUUACAUAAAUGAAGUUGGAUCGGCUUUCUGUGGACAUCAAGAUUUUGUAUCAUUAUAUGUAGAUUAUAAAUUGUAUUAUUAUUGCAUAAAUUUAAGCAUUUAUAAAUAACAAGAGCUUCCUUCUAUAUGGUGUGUUGGACUUAUCAGUAACAGGAUCUGCUUAUUUUGCAGCUGAUUUUUUCAUUAUUGUAGAGAGGCAUAAUUCAAUAGUUUAAUUCCUGAAAAA